UCUUUCGCAGUCGUCGCUUUGAUGGCUGGUGUGGCCAAUGACAAAGUUUUUGCAUCACAUGUUGGCGGAAAAGUGGAAUUAAUCCAAAAUCAGACUCAUUUCGAUGUAGCCGUUCACUACGCUGUCACACCAAUCCAGAUCGCCACCACCCUCACCUUCGCCAUUGGAAUCUGGCAGAUCCUUUGUGCUCUACUUCGGCUCCAGUUCCUUAUGACGUACUUCUCCGACCCACUGGUUUCUGGGUUCACUACCGGGGCUGCAGUUCAUGUGCUCGUCGCUCAAAUUGAUGAUCUCAUGGGUGUUCAAGUUCCAAAAGCUUCUGGAGUAGGAUAUAUUUUUACGAGAAUCUACGAUCUCGCCAUUCGAGUUCCCCAAGUUAAUGUGUCUACUCUCAUUAUAUCGCUAGUAUCCAUAGUGUUUCUCUACGCCGGAAAAGAAUACAUAUCACCUUUUCUCAAGAAGAAAGUUCACCUCAGAGUGCCUAUACCAUAUGAACUUAUUCUGGUAGCUUCAACAGCUGCUUUGGGAGCUAUUCUCAACUGGCACGAGAACAACGCUGUGGAAAUUGUUGGCAACAUACCUGCUGGGCUUCCUCAACCAGAACUGCCGACGUUUUCCAUACUGGGCGAAUGUCUCGUGCAAUCAAUAGGUAUUGCUAUCGUUAUCAUCGCUGUCCACAUAUCAAUGGCCAAGAUGCUUGGGAAGAAGUUUAAUUAUCAUGUAGAUGACAGUCAGGAGCUCUACGCUAUCAGUCUCACAUCCCUAUUGGGAGGAUGCUUUCCGGUUUAUCCGGUUUCUACCGCUCUCGGCAGAACAAUGGUGAACGUGCAAAGCGGCUCAAAAACCCUGCUGUCUACCGUAUUCAGUUGUGUUCUGCUGUUGGCGAUCAUUCUUUGGCUUGGACCAUAUCUCCGAGCACUUCCGAGGUGCGUACUGGCUUCGAUCAUCACCGUAGCCCUGAAGUCAAUGUUCAUGAAGUGUGGCCAAGUGAAGCGUAUCUACUCGAUCUCGAAAAUUGAUUUUUUGAUAUGGAUGGUUUCAUUCCUCGCUACCACGCUGAUUGACGUUAUGGAAGGAUUGGCAAUUUCUAUCGCUUUCGCUCUAUUCACUGUUAUUUGCCGUUCUCAAUGGCCAAAGUGGCAAUAUUUCUAUCGAUCAACCCAAGCGAAACAAAAUGAAAACGAUGAGAAAGCCACAGAGAAGUCGGACAUUUGUGUGUUCCGGUUUGAUGGUCCAUUACUCUUCACAAACGUGGAAAGGUUCAAAAAUUCACUGAAACUAACCACGGACAGUUGGAUGGAGUCAUGGAAAUCGAAAGAUUCACAGGAGGUAUCGACUAUGAAUGGAGAGCAGAAACGACCACAAAACCAUUCGGGAGAGGAGAAGCCACAUUUCCUAAUUAUCGACUGUAAAGCUAUGGCCUAUUGCGACUACAUGGCUGCCUGUGCCUUAAACGAGUCCAGGAUCAUGUCAAAUCAGCGAGCAUCUCCCGAAUUUACUAUCGAUGCUGAGGAAUUCUUCUAG